GCUGGAUGCUUCUCGAACAACAUAUACAGGACAUAGAAACCAAUGCCCGCGAAAGCACAAGAGGCAAAUUCGGAGGGGACUCCAGAAAUCGGACGACGCGUGCUUUGUUACACAUCGACCACCAAAUCCGCACCUACCGCCCGGCCCGACGAGUGUCGCCGGAGCUGGCGUACCUUCUCAAACUCGGCCCUCAUCUACGAAACAGCCAUGCGCAUGUUGCAAAUUUUGUUGAGACCAUUCCCUGCGGUUCUGACUUUGGCCUUUUCUCGCGCGCCGCCCUCCAUUGCGUUGUGGUGGAAGAACUGGCGAGGCACGUUGGAACGACGGUGACGACCGCCACCAUCACGACCGGCGCUGGGCACCUCAGCCCCGCGGAUCGAUCUGGCGAUGGACAAGAUCCAAAGAGACUUGGCAACGUUUGCCUCCUGCGCGGCCAUCACCUCCCGGCAGCGCGCUUCCGUGCCGAGCAACUACGGCACGGCGGUGGAUGCGGUGACGAGGCUGCCUUAUCGGCCAAGAUGCUGGGCGUCGUCGAGUGGGCCUUUCUUGCCCCGGCAUUGCAGCGCCUCUUGGCCCAGGCCAACUUGAACCUAGAACGGGCAUGUCGGUGCCUCGGUUUGGUGUUAAGAGGGGGCGAGGAUCUCCGCGCUCUUGGGAACAAGUUCAGCUCCCUGAGGCAGGAGGUCCUGGUCAAUGCCGACGGCGAGGGAUCUGCGAAGUACCCUGCGAGGGGAUAUCCGGGUGCACUCGACAAGUGGCCGAAAAAGUGGAGAUACGUAGGAAUCCGCGCGGCCCUGCGGAGGACGUUGCCAACAGCGUCCGCGUCGACUGCGCUACCACCGCAGUCCCCAAUCCGCGGAUCCGAGGGGCACCACCGACGACGACAGGAUGGACGUCAACAAGCCCCGCCGACGUCCCCGGCGCGACUCCCGGCACGACAGCAACUCCCGCGACUCGUGCAUUCCAUGCACCGCCUGGACAUUGAGUCCAACAAGAUCCGAGGCCCCGGUGAGACGGUGGCCUUUCCAUGGGCUUUACACUUUACACUACGUUGGUAAUGUCAUCGAGUUGCAGACGACGUUGGGUACGUGCAAUCUGUUUUCGGCUGAAGGCACAGGAGAAUACCAGAAAUGGUUCAUAUCCAGAGUCAUCAUUCAUUCCGACGGCGUCCAACCCCCUAAUACGUUUUUCCG